AUCAAUUCUCAUCGCCACGAUGAGAGACCGUCAAGAAUCUCAAUCCAUCACCCCGAACACAACUCUGAAUUACUUACCGAACACAAUUCUCAUUUCUUGUGUCUACCAUCCCGUGUGCUGAGUAUAUGACGCAAGUUACGGCCCAUGGAGCCGUCCCAAAGACGACGUGCAGGAUGCACUGAAUGCAAGAGAAAGAAGGCCAAGUGCGAUGAGAAGAGGCCAUCAUGUUCACGAUGCUACAAGUACCCUCACCUUUGCUCGUAUGAGUUGAGCGUCAAGAGCUUUAGGGUGGCGAAACGCAAGCCAGCCAAUAAUGCUCAGAUCUUGACACAGCCAUCUUCAACCGAUGAGACGGCCGAUGAACAACAAGUGUCUCUGGCACCAAGCUCAGUUGCCACUUCCAACCAACUCAUUUCUUAUACCGAUAUGUCUGACACGUUUGAGAGCAACUUUAUUUCAUCAUCUAUAAUAGAUGACCCUUCUGACUGGCUUUCUCAUUUUCCUGCCGAAAGCCCGCCAAGGCACAGUCUCUCCAUCUCUUUCCCAUCCAGCCCUCCACUCCGGAGUGAUCCUCGGCGGAUCUACUUUCAACACUUUGUAGCCCAUACAGCAACAGUAUACUGGCCGCUACAGCCGGACAUGGCUCUAAGCUUGAUUCUACCAGCCGCUGAUCUCAGCCCUUGCAUAAUGGGGGCAAUGAUCGCCGCCAGCAGCAGCCAACUCUUCAGGAUGGCACGGAAUCCAGAGUCACGAAGUGCAGCAAUAACGGCAACUGUGGAGUGUCUGGGAAACCUUCGCGAAGCAAUUACUACACCGAGAUUCGGCGACGUUGGAGUGACAAUACUGCCGACGACGUUGAUGCUGGCUACGACGUGCGUCUGUGCAGGAGAUACUGCGACCUUUCGGAAGCAUCUCAACGGAGCUCUUCAUGUUGUUCAACGCGAUAAGUCGAAGUACAGUCUGGAUCCUUUAUGGUGGAUGAGCCUCAAGUGGCUGGUUCACCUCCUUUUGAUGAAUAGACUUUCCGGCCUGCCCUUACCUUCACGGCAGACGAAAGGGUUCAUUGACUGGGACUACCUUUUGACAUGUAUGCCUGACCUAGGUCGCAUUGAUCUUACUUCCGGCUUUUCUCGGGAGUUGGUGGCUGCUCUUAAUAUGGUAUGCGAGCUAUCUGAGCCAAGUUGCAUGAAUGUUGAUGCAAGUGGCCAAGUGUAUGACAAUGAUCUAGCAAGCAGUGUAUAUUCUCACGAACUUGAACUUCGAUUGAUUGAGCUUCGGAAAAAAAGCGCUUCAACAGUAACAGAUGUGGUGCUCCGGACAGAACUAGAAAACAGUCACAGACUGUUCACUGAUGCAACGCUACUAUGUCUAUACAGACGAGUUGACGAACUACCCAAGGACAAUCCGAAAGUCCAGACAACAGUGGACUCAAUCAUCACUUCGUUACAGAAAAUCGACAAACAGUCUCCUGUUCACGCUCAACUUUUGUGGCCACUCCUUGCAGCAGGCUGCGACUCAACGACUCAUGCCGAACGCACCAUCGUCGUAGAGACGAUGGAGAGCAUGACUGCACGUGGCUUGGGCAGCUAUGAAAACGUCCUCGAGUUCAUGAGGGAUUACUGGAAGAAUGGGGGCGACAUGAGAUGGGACCUAUUCGCCAAGCAAACAGGAAAAGACCUCGUACUAUUCUGAUGUCGUCAAUGGCCAAGAAGGAUGUGAAUAACACCGAACUCACAAUUGCGCCUUCACGUCUUCAUCGGACCAGCGGAUAUUCACGGAUGGCCUCAAAGCCGAUAAUAGACUGGAUCUUGACUUCAGUCGGUCAGAAUACACCGCUAUUCAUGCUUUACAGAAGGAGUGAACAAGCUCGCUUGCAGCAAGAAUGAGCUGCAUUGCUACGUCGCACGGCCAUAGUGUUGGGUUUGGGAGGUAACCUCGGCAAUCGAGCACGGCGAUCGACAGCAUAAACACCACAAAUGGACCCAGACCUCUAGAAGAAAAUUUUCACGAUACUCAUACAAUGACUAAAACCAACAUCUGAUAUCAGUUCAU